CGGUCCUCGCUUCUCCUCGCCGCGCGCUGCCUCCUCUCCCCAGUGCUAGCCGCGGCCGCUGGCAUUUGGAAUUCUGCCCACAAAAGGGGGCCUGGAGGAGGAGGAGGAGAGGAGGGACGGAGGCCGGCAGCGAGAAACGGCAACCGGAGUCCAAAACAUCAUGGGGAAAGGAAGCGAGCGGCGGCGGCUGUGAAGGCUGCGCCGCUGUGCCCGACCGCAGUGCAUCAGCGUGGCCGCCCUGACAUCCCCCAGGAUGGUGAACAUGGGGCAUUUUGCGCUGGUUAACAGGCUCCAAGCUGCUCAGCGACUUGUUUUAAGCAUUUUUCUCCCUCGCUCUCGCUUUUAAUCUUGUCUCUAGUGGCGUGUGUAGGGGGGAGGACUUUAUUUCCAUUGGCUAAGCUCUCCCUUCCCACCCACAGCUCUUCCACAUCACCUUGGUGUCUCCCUAAAUAAAACCAGCCCUCCUUAUCGCCUGGAAAAAAUCAGGAGCUAGAGUUUGAAUGGGUUUUACAUAAACACUCACCCCUGUCAGCGUGCGGCUGGGAUCUCAGGAUAAACUCACAGCGUCUGGCCUGAUGCUUGCCUUACGUUCUCUUUCCCUGAACGUCAAGGUUUAAGCAGAGCCCGAGGACUGGGAACUCUUCUCUGAAAUUCGAUCGACCUGAAGCCAGUUGCGGAACUGCACAGGGUCCCGAUGGACCUCAAGGAGAGCCCCAGUGAGGGCAGCCUGCAACCUUCUGGCAUCCAGAUCUUUGCCAACACCUCCACCCUCCACGGCAUCCGCCACAUCUUCGUGUAUGGGCCGCUGACCAUCCGGCGUGUGCUUUGGGCAGUGGCCUUCGUGGGCUCUCUGGGCCUGCUGCUGGUGGAGAGCUCGGAGAGAGUGUCCUACUACUUCUCCUACCAGCACGUCACCAAGGUGGACGAAGUGGUGGCUCAAAGCCUGGUCUUCCCAGCUGUGACCCUCUGUAACCUCAAUGGCUUCCGGUUUUCCAGGCUCACCACCAAUGACCUGUACCACGCUGGGGAGCUCCUGGCCCUGCUGGAUGUCAACCUGCAGAUCCCAGACCCCCAUCUGGCUGACCCCUCCGUGCUGGAGGCCCUGCGGCAGAAGGCCAACUUCAAGCACUACAAACCCAAGCAGUUCAGCAUGCUGGAGUUCCUGCACCGCGUGGGCCAUGACUUGAAGGAUAUGAUGCUCUAUUGCAAGUUCAAAGGGCAGGAGUGCGGCCACCAAGACUUCACCACAGUGAGUACUUGGUUUUCAGCUUACUUUGUCUGGUCCUCUGGAGACGUGGAGCGCCGGUGGUCUCCUGCUUGGUUUGGGGUCUCCUUGUGCUUUGGGACAGGAGAGAGAGGAGUGCCUCAGCCGAUGGCCACGAGGGUAGUUGGUCAGAGUUGUGGGAGCUGGUUGCAGCGAAGGCUACUGGCCGGGAUGGAACACUGCUGUCAGUUCAAAUAUGGAGGGUGAGCAGGGGGCUUGCGGUGGGGGAUCACUUCUUCAGACGUGCUGAAUUGGCUUCCUCCCGGUGAGAGAGAGAGAGGAGAACUGGGCUGUCUGUUGUCCGGUAGGCUUGGUGUCCAAGCUGUGUAAUUGGAACAGCUUGUCAUUGAUGAGGUGGCAUUCUGUGUGUGUGUGUGUGUGUGUGUGUGUGCGUGUGUGUGUGUGUGUGUCUCCCUCUCUGCUCGGAAGUGGCAUCAGGCACUGCAUCCUGUGGGCUGGGCUGGAGCUAAAGCCGUCAGAGGAGGGGGUGUGGGGCCCAGGCAGCCUGCCUGGCUCCAGUGGCUUUGGGAGCUUGCUGGAGCAGGUGAUGCUGCAGAGGGGUGGAAGUCUCCUUGCUUCCUUUUCUUGUGUGAAUUCUGAGCUCCAUGUGGGGAGAGGAGAGGCCAGGGACCCCAAGGAUCCAUCUGAUCUGUUGGCAGGUUGAAGCCAAGAGAUGUUCGGAGUGUUUGGGCAGAGAGGAGAAUCUGGGAGGAGGCACGUGUGCAAGGCGGUUGGGGAGAUGCCCGUGAGGGUGAACCAGUCCCGGUUGCCUUGUCUGGGAGCUUUGGCUUGAAACUCAAAGGCUUGGUUUUCUCUAUGUAUAAUCGCUUAACGACGUGGAUGCAGGAGGAGGGGUGCAGGGAGGGGGCGAACAGCUGUGGGAAUGGAAAGCCUGGAGGAGGAGUGUGGAGCUGAGUAAAGAGGAAAAGCAGAGGGGGAUGUGGCUUACGUUCAGCAUGGGGCUUUCUGGAGGGCCAGAGAGGAAAGGUUGAGAGGAGAAGUAUUGCUGUCAGGGUUCUCUGCUCAGUUAGUGGGCUGCUAGACAUAACUUGGCAUGAUAGGUCAGACAGCAGCUGCUGUGGCUUCUCCUUGAUGCCAGGCAAGUCUAGGCAUCAGGGGCUGUGGGACCCUGCAGAAGUGCUGUGUGGCUGCUUCCCCCAUAGCUGCCUUAGGGAGGAUUGAGAGCUUUUGAAACUCAGAACCUUGAGCCAAAAUGCAAUUGCGAGUUGGGAAUGGCAGGUAUAGCAGUUGGGAAGGAACUGACCUGUGAUAUCAGCACUUGUCUGGGGUCCUCUGCUUAAUGAAGGCUCUUCUUACCUUUCCUGUGGUGCGUCCAUUCCCCACCCCCUCUUGGAUUCACCAGCCUCUUGCUCUGAGGUUCUUUUAAUGUUAUAACCAGUCUCUGCCUGCAGCCUCUGUGAUUGCUGUUGGCUAUCUCUGAUUCUGGAAAAGCCCAGAGUGCUGGGAGCAUUGCCUCUCGUCGUCUGUGUGCUAGAACUCUGUUUCUUGUAGGAGCUGUUUUGUAUUAUCCCUUUUCAACCUGGUAAGGAGAGCACAGCAAAAUCAGUAGUGUAUGCUAAAGAGAAAGCCAGUCUGAGCUGGGGGAAGGGACCAGCAAUAUUGGAAGCCCUUCUAAAUGGAGCAAGCAGAAUCCUAAAACAUGUCAUGCACAAAUGAUGUCUUAGGUGGCUUGAGGAGAGAUAGAGAAAGUGCCUUAUUUUUGGAGGCUGAAGCCAUCACUAUAUUCCACCCCGUUCUUUCUAGCGCCUGGCAACACUCAGCUUCACCACUGCGCCGUGCAGCUUGGAAAUGCUUUCAGCUGUUCCACUGUCUGCCUGAACACACAUGGAAUACACAGACGACACAGGGUGACACAGACACUGUAAUAGGUAGCAGAUUCUGGGUUGAGUUUUCUAGCUUCCUACUGACUGCAUGUCCAACUGGUGGCUUCUUCUGAAUCCAUGUCUAAGUUCCAUUUAGAAGUAAAUGUUUUUUGGACCCCAGGCUACUGUUUUAUACUUGGCUGAUCAUUUGACUUGCUGGGGUCCCAAGAGGCCUUUAAGGUCAGGCCUUAAAGGUCUCCUGAGUUUUCAACCUCUUUGUAAUAUUUCCCAAAUAGUGAAAUUGCCUAUGGAGAAGGUUUACUGCUCUGUCAGUGAUGUGUCAUUAUCUGCUGUCCUCACCAAGUUCAAGACUAAUCUAUUUGAGUGUUCAUUGCUUGGGCUGACACUCUAUGUACUACCUUCCCCAGCAUUGAAAAGGGGGUGAGCCUCAGGGCUGCUGCUCACGUUAUUCAGGGAGUGUCAGAAAAAGCAUCUACUCCAGGACAGCCGAAGGAGGCUCCAGCAGGGAGGCUGGUCUCUGCCCCCAGCAGGGCACAGUGGGCAGCAGUGCUGAGCCUUUGCUAGAGGGAACAUGAUGCUGAGUUUGCUCAAACCUUACAGUGAGGAGUCCUCCUCCUGACUCACCCUUUGUCCCUCUGUCUUUUUUUGGCCUGGGAUAUAAGCAUCAUUAUUAUUGGGCUGCUAUACCAGAAGACAGCAGAGAGCUUGGACAGGUGGCUGUUGGAGAAGCCACCUGGCCAGCCUUCUCUUAUUCAUUCUCUGCUGUACAACCCUCUCCAGUUGGCUUAUUUAUGAGGCUCUGUCUGGGGUUGUACCAUGCUGGAUGACUUCUUUCUCUAAGUGUGGUGGCUGACUUAUUAGAGAAGUUAGGUAUGGGGAAAGAGCUACCACAAAUGGAUGGCUUUUCUCUGUUUUUUUUUUUUUUUUUUUUUAUUCCUAUAAAGCAUACCUAGCAGCAUCUCCAGUGCUAAUACUGUAGCAUAAGCUUCCUUAUUCCAAGUUCUUAGCUGAUGUGCAGUGAAGUGCGUAAUACCCUUUAAUUAGUGAAUGACCCAUGAUUCUGGCAGAGUGAGAGAAGGCUGUGUGGAGGCUAAAAAUCUCAGAAAAGCCAGGUGUGGGAUGCUGACUACUGUGUAAACAGGUGUGCUUCAUGCUCAUGCAGGUACCCUCAGCCCUCACCUAGGACGCUUUGACUUCAGGUAAGUACCUAUUUUUUUCCUUCCUGGAAAAGCAGAAGAUGGCUUUGAUUCCAGACUGUCUACUUAGAGGAGGUUGCCCCCUUGACCUAGAGUGGCAGGAAGCAGGGAGGAGUGUGUCUCUGGCCAUGAUGUUGGAUAAUCUGAGUUGAAAAUGAAGAGCGGAAAGAUAAAGACUGGAAGCCCAGUCUUUCCUAUUCCCCAGUUGUGUCUCACAUCCUCUCUAGGUCUUGACUUGGUCAUCCCACAUGUGAUAAUAAUACGCGACUUUCUGACCCCAGUGUUGUUGGGAGGUGAUUUAUGGGAAAGUCCUUUUGUACAGUGUGCCAGCAACAAAGAUGGAAGGCAGGGUUGGUUUCCAUAUGAGCAGUCGGGCUAUUGUUGCCCAGCCAAACUGCUCUGUUUGCAGGAGUCAGACUUGAUGGCUAAUGCUAUAGAAGAUGGAACCAGGGAGGUAGAGGUAGCUACUUCUUUCUCUGUUUGGGGCGGUGGGGUUAAAUCCAACCUGAUGAAGAUGGAGUUUCUUAGAAUGGAGGUCACAGUUGGGUUCGGUAGUUAACCCUUGCUGACAGGUGGUGGCCCCACUGUUUGGACCACGACAUCACUGUUUUAUGUGGUUUAUCUGCUCAUCACAUCAGGGUUCAUCUGACUGUAAGUAUAGGAAUACAAAUGACACUUCAGUUUACACACUUAACCUACUUUCAUAGUGGUGUGUGUUUGUAUUUUAAAAGUGAGAUUUACUAGGACGUAUAUUUCUUUUUUUCCUUAACAAAAGAAAGGUCUCUCCACUGUGAGAUCUUGUUAGAGGCACUUUAUGGAUCUUGUUAACUGACAUCACCUAACAUUAUAGAAAUGGUGGAGGUGAAGAUUUCGGCAGAUCACAUCUCUGGAAUUCUUGCACAAGGCCAAAUGGGUCUAUAGCUAAUCUAGUCUAACUACCUUUAAAAAGAUAUUAUUAUUACACCAGGAACAUGUAGGAGAAGAAUGUGAGUUUGGGGGAAAAAAUCUGUUGGAAUUCCAACUCUGCCACCAAUUUGCAGUAUAUUUUUGCACAAGUUUCUUAACCUUGGUUGUCUCAUCUCUAAACAAGGAACAAUAGUACCUACCACUCAGAGCUGUUGUGCUGAUUCAGUGACAUAAAGUAUGUGAAGGCCUAGUAUGCCGCAGGUGCUUCGAGCAGGGUAGGUCCCUUGCUUUGCUUACUGUCCCACAGGAGCUCACUCGACUCUCAGUCCGGUGCUUUGCCCGCUAAUCCAUACUAUGGCUUUGGAGCACAGGCAACUGCUGUGUGAUGAUAUUCUCAAUUCUCAUUAUAUGUUAAGCUUUCACUUUCCUCUGUGCUCUUCAUAUUAAUUCUGCUGCUCCAACGUCCUCUCCUUGCCCACCAUUUUGGCUUCCACAUUGAAUCUCAUGCUGCCAAACUCAACUCUAGGAAGCUCACUUGUCCUGUGCCAGCCACCCCCUGCCCCCACCAUGGGAAUGGGUGACCUACCCACCCUGUGCACAGCUUUUAUGGCAGUGUGUCAUAGUGCUUCAUGCAUGGUUAUUCCUUUGUCAAUCAAAUCGAGUACCUAUUGUGCAGUGUGAUAAAAAUAGACUGGAGCCUUGCCAUUGUAGAGAUCCCAGCCCAUUUCCCACCCCCUUCAGAUGAGGUGAUAGCUGAGUGCAAGAAUGUAGUGUCAUUAAACCCAGAAUCUGCAUACAUCAUGCUAAAUACAGGGCCUGCCCACAGGAAAUAUCAUGACCCCGUCGUGGCUCGUUGAUUGAAUAGUUACUUGCUGUUUCUGGAAUGAACCCAGAACCCUUUGCUCAUAGACCUUUCCUACUCCUUCACUUUUUAUACCUCUUCCUUCAUGUCUAUUUAUCUAAAUCCUAGUCAUCCUUCAAAAUCCAGCUUUAUCGUCACUGUAGCCUUCUCCAGGAAACCAUUGCCCAUCCCCUUCCCAUCCCCAUAAUCUAAAUUGCUCUCUUUCUCUUCUGUCUUCUAAACAGCAUUUUGGUUCAUUCCUCUGUUAGAACAGUCAUUAGGCUUUUUCUUGCAUUAGAAUCAUGAAGUGCUUGGGCUAAAAGAGACCUUAGAAAUGAUUUAAUUUAAUACCUGAGUUUUUUAACUACUGACAAUUUUUAAUUUUAAAAAGUUUAUUAGUAAAAGGUCCAUAUAUGUAUGAUGUAUAACCUUGUGGUUUGAUGUACGUAUACAGCAUGGAGUGGCUAAACGUAACGAUUUAACAUAUGCAUUAUGUCAUAUGCUUACCAUUUUCUUUAGGGGAUGGUAAAAACACUUAAAAUAUACCCCCUUUGCAAUUUUCAAUUUAACAAUAUAUUGUUAUCAACUGUAGGCAUUAUGAUGUACAAUAGAUUUCUUGGGCUUGACUCUCCUGUUGAAGUGAAAUUAUAUGUUCUUUGACCCGUAUUUCACCUAACCAGCCCCCAUUCCUUGGUCCCUGAUAAUCACCAUUCUACUCUGUGUUUCUAUGAGUUUGACCUUUUUAGAUUCCACACAUAAGUGAGAUCGUGCAGUAUUUGUCUUUCUGUGCCUGGCUUAUUUCACUUUACAUAAUGUCCCCCAGGUUCCUCUAUGUUUUCACAAAUGACAGGAUUUACUUCUUUUUUAAAGGCUGAAUAGUAUUCCAUUGUGUCUAUAUAUCACAAAUCUUUAUUUAUUCACCUGUCAGCGGAUACUUAGGUUGAUUCCAUAUCUUGGUUUUUGUGAUUAGUGCUGGAAUAGACAUGGGAGGGCAGAGUCUCUUUGACAUGCUGAUUUCCUUUCCUUUGGAGAUAUACCCAGUAGUGGGAUUGCUGGAUCAUACGGUAGUUCUAUUUAUCAUUUUUUGAGGAACCUCCAUGUUGUUUUCCAUAAUGGCUGCACUAAUUUACAUUCCCACCCACAGUGUUCAAUGGCUCACCUUGCUCCUCUCCAAUGUUUGUUAUUGUUUGUAUUUUUGAUAACAGCUAUUCUAACAAGUGUGAGGUAACGUCUCAUUGCUAACCGGUGAUACUUUUUACAAAUCGCUUAUUUCUUUUUUCUCCCCUCCUCAUAAGACCUGAUGUCUUCACUCAUCCUUGUAUUCUCGGCACCUAGAAUUGCUUAGCACAUAGUUGUUAGACUGUUUCUUCAGAGUUUGGGUAAAGCGGGUUUGAAGUUUUUUUAAUGUAAGGUAACUCUAGCUGAUAUAUGGUGAAAUUGUUGUUUUUCAGCUUCCUUUUUCAUCAUGGGUAGCCAGGAUUCCACCUGCAUUGGGAUGACUUCUCCCAUUAUUGUUAUUGCUAACGAAUAUGCUUUCUAAUUAUAGAAGUAAUCCUUGUUUAUUAGAGGAAAUUUGGGAAGUGUGGGAAAUAAUAAAAAAUGGAGACACCUGAGUAAUAUGGGGAAACCCCAUCUCUAUAAAAAAGUACAAAGACAAGCCAGGCGUGGUGACACACAACUGGUCCCAGCUACUUGGGAGGCUGAGGUUAGCUUAAGACUGGGAAGUUGAAGUUGCAGUCCAGCCUGGGCAACAGGGUGAGACCCUGUUAAAAAAAAAAAAAAAAAGAAGAAAAGAAAAGAAAAAUUGCCCUUAAUCACAUCCCAGAUAUAAUUACAUGUAUUAUGUUAGCAUUUUCGGAGUACUCCUACUCAGCCAUGCAGCGUGUGCACGUGUAUAUUACUAGGCCUGGGAUCGUACUUUCUGUGCAUCUGUGCCACGUUGGCCCUCCAGUACACGCCCAAUCACUGUUAGCUUGCUCUCUUCUUGAGUCCCGUGGGUAGUCUUGAGGUCAUUAGGAGAUUCCUUCCUUUUAGGUUCAAAACUGAACACCAGUUACUCUCCUUUGGUGGCACUUUAUUAAUAGUACAGCUGCUUGUUUAUCUGAUGCCAUUUUGGUCCCGCUGUUUUUUGAAUAUUUGCUAAGGUACACUAGAGAUGUGUUCCUUUAUACCAAGUCACACAUCCUGACAGGCCUAACCCUGCUUCAUGAUGAGGCCCAACUUUGAGUCAACUCUGGUUCUUCUUGCAAGACCAUGCACACUGCAAGCCUCAGCACAUAGAUGUAGAACCUGACUCUCCCCUAUCUGUAAAGUCCCUAGGUUCUAUGUCAAAAUGGCCUAAAUUGCAACAAAUGCAAAAUAGAUAAUUUCUCAUAUUCCUUAGGAUGCCCCGAAGUCUUGUGAGCAUUUGACAUGCCUUUGAAGAGGCAACCUUUGUCAAGCUAAGCAAAUUUUCCAUGAUGCCAGCCUCUGUUUGGGAUCUUCCUCUUUGCAGAACUUUAAACUGUAAGCUCUCUGAAAGUCAUGCUUUCAGGGGUAUAUCAAAUUCUUUCCGAUGUGAUGAAGGGGUAAGACAAUGACUGAGAGCUGACUAUUUUGAUGACCCAUAUCGUCUACUCGCAAAUAAAAAACUGAAGCUACUGCACAAGUUUGUAGAUAAUGUCUAGUUGAUUGUUGGGUGAAUCUGUAGGUCUGUGCCUCUUCCUCUGGAAGAUCUUAGACCUCUAGAACUGCUUUGAAAGCUACUGUAAGCUUAUUGACUGGGGCAUUGAUUUCUUUCUUGUUCUCUAUUGUAGUUCUCUUUUCCCCUCUACAGAAAGUUCUUCCAUUAGUAAAGAGUUGAAUUUAAAAAAAAAAUGGUAAAGUGAAUCCCAGUUUGCUACUGAUUUCUUUCAUUAAGAGCUGAAAUUUGAUUUAUUAAAAAAAUCCCUCAACACCUAUUGUUCCAGCACUUUGGGAGCCCCAGGCGGGCAGACAGGGAGGUCAGGAGACUGAGACCAGUCUGGCCAACAUGGUGAAACACUGUCUCUACUAAAAAUACAAAAGUUGGCCAGGCAUGGUGGUUCACACCUGUAAUCCCAGCUACUCAGGAGGCUGAGGCAGGAGAAUUGCUUGAACCCAGGAGGCAGAGGCUGCAGUAAGCUGAGAUUGUGCCACUGCACCCCAGCCUGGGCAACAGAGUGAGACUCCAUCUCAAAAAAGAAAAAAAAAACCCUCAAAGACUGAAUUGGUAGCAGUUAGCACUAAGUUUGCCAUUAUAGGUGGUGCUCCAUAGAGCAGCCCAGAUGUCAAAGUCCCAACCUUCCCAUUCCCUCCAUGAGACUAAAACAGUAUCACCUUUUAGUCUGAGAGACCUGAAAGUUUGCUGUGUGCUUUUGCUUUUCUGUAGGAUGUUUAUGUGUGAUGGAGCAGGAGCAAUAUCUGAAUUGACCAGCAAGGCCAUUUGACCCAUGAUCUAUUACAACCUGAGACCAAGCCUCUAUCACCCCUGCCAGCUGGAAACUCCAUAUAUCAUAUUUCACUCAUGCGUUUGACAUAAAACCAUACAGACUGGGUUUAGUGGUUACUGCAUAGUGGCUGUCUCCAACACUCAGAUAUACUACAUGGUUAUUAUUUGAUAAAUCGAAAUUCUCUGAUAAAAGCCUGUUUAUCAGGUUGGGCUUUAUUUGAGCACAACAUUCCCCGAAGUGUCAUUCUUUGGAUGCCGAAGCAUCUUUCCAUCUCCCAGUACUUGUUUUCUCCUGAUUUAGAUAUAUUCUCUAUUGAUUGCAUCAGUAGCUAUUGAAAUUUAUGCUCAGAAGAAAUUAAGCAUGUAACAGAGAAGCAAUGUAUUUGCCUGGAUUUAUUGACCUCUGUUAAUUUAGCUGCACAACCUUUGGGGGAGGUAAUAAGCCUCAAUGGGCCUCAGUUUGCUUAUCUGUAAAAUGAAGGCGUGGAGUUAGGUGGUUUCUAAGGACUUGCCAACCCGUACCUCUCUAAUGCAAUAGAACAUAAUAAACAUUUGUUUUCUGAUCCUAUGUUUGUUUGCUGAAACUCAAACUUUAACUUAUGUUGGGAAUGGGGAGGAGUUGCUGGUCAUUUGCAAUCAGAUCUAUUUAUCUAUGUAUUUGCUUGUUUAAUUAUAACAAUUUUAUUUAGAUAGAUAUGUACAAUGGAAGCAGAAACACCUAGAUGCACUGAGAGGCUGCAGCGGAUGAGGGAGGCACAGAAUCUUGCUCUCAAAAUCCUUUUCAGGAGCCAUGUAUGCCUGGCUGAAGCUCAUUGGUCUGACUCAAAGUUUGCAGCACAGUAGUCUGGCAGUUGAGGGCAGUGGUCCACUCUGGGUCUUACCUGCAUGAAUUAGCAAGUGUAUCUGUGGAAGAUGCUGUUGGUCAGCCCAGAUCCUCAUUACUGCAGCUGUAGGUAGGGCACAUAACAGCAAUCGGUCUUCGUAGGGAGGCUGGCCUUUGGUUGGCAGGUGCUGCCUCUCCUGGAGACAUCUGGGAAGUUAUUCACCUCCCCACCACCUGGGGGCAGCCAGUGGCCAGUGACUGACUGACGGAAGUGUGGAAUGCCAGUCAUCUGGCCUCAAGAUGGAAUACAUCGUGAUGCAGUUUAUUCUCAGUGCUUCCCGUGGGAUCAGGCUGAGCUGGACUUCUCCUGAAACCACAUUCAUGCUUACCCUUUCUCCUACUGUGCUUCUCCCUUCCUACUUCUAGGCUUUUCCUGAGUGCAUUCCUUCAAUAAAUCACCUGCAGAAGGUAUGCCAUCUCAGGCUCUGCUAGGGAACCCAACCUGUGUAUCGAUUAGUUUUAACUUCUUCAUCCAUUUGGUAACAUAGAAAAUAGCCUAGGCAUGUGGACCUAAGUAUGGCUUAGGAAAAAAAAUACCUUUAAAAAACCUUAAAACUUGUGACUUUCAAAAUCUUCAACUUGAGACUGACAACAAUUUCCAAGGGUGACCUUCAUAAUUCAAAUGAGCAUCUCUCUGAUUAGAAUUCACUACUAUAAGCACAGGUGGUUUGUUCCCUCUUCGAGUUUUUUGCCCGAAGAAAGCCCUGGUCAAGGUUUCCCAUCUCCUAAGAGCUGAGCCAUCCCCAUUCUCCCAGCUGUUACAUGCUAAUAUUCUAGCGCACCCUUUUACCAGCACCUGCAGUCUCAUUUCCUAAGUUUGUUCUCUCUGAAAACCCUUCUACCAGCCUUCACUUUCACUUCCUCCUGAAUGUGCAUCAGUCUGGCUUCAAGCCACGAAGAGGAGGCUGUGCGUUUGAUGUUGGCAGUGUCUCGGGCCCAUCUGUAAAGUGGGAGGCAGUGAGAGAUGCAUGGCUGACCAGAGGUGAUGCUCCUCAUAUGUCACAGAAACUAUAUGUGAUGAGGAGUGUAUGAAAGAACUGAGACAGUUCAGCCUGAAAAGUGAAGUGGGUGACUUGAGGGCAGUAUGAGAGCUGUUUUAAAACACUUUGAAGGCAAUCAUAAAGAAGAGGGACAUGGCUUUCUCUGGGUGAAGCCAGAGGGCACAGCUAGUACCAAUGGGUGCGUACAAGUUCAGAGAGGUGGAUACCAGCAGACUCGAAGUUGUCCUCGGAGUCUAGAGUAUGCUGUACCCUGCCAUCUGCUCUAGCUGAGGCCAAGCAAUUGCUUAUUGGCAAUGCUGUAGAUACAGAUCGAUGUCACAUAAAGGGUUGAAUUUAAUGACCUCUAAAGUUACUUCCAACUCUGAGAGUCUUUGAUUUAUUUCCUUCCUGAGCAGAUAGUUGGGGUCAGAGGCAAGGACCAUUGACAGAUAACAUUGGGAAAAAACUGAUAAUAGAUGCAAGCCAGCACGUCCAGACUACAGAACCACCCCAUUUCCCAAUACUGUAUAGUCUUGAAGUUAAGUGUUUCAGAAGUCAGGAAUAAGAGUGGCACCACAUAAGACUCUCUAGAGACAAAAGAGUGGAUAUUUCAGCUCAUCCAGAGAGAGGGAAGUGUGUGGCUGGUAGAAGCCAAGGAUUGAAGGGGCUGUUAAAUGACCUGGGUCUCCUAAAGUGUAUAUGCAUGGCUCCUCCUCAAGAGGCCGUUCCCUGAGGAAUUUGUUAUAAAUUCUGGGAGCUAGAGCCAACCCUAGAGAGCAAAUCUUGGGUUGUGGUUGGGUAUGGUCUGGCUCCAUUUGGAGGGCUGCAGAGACUGAGAGGUUUAUGGACUAGAGAUAACUCUGGGUGUGGUAGGGCUAGAGAUAGACCCAGCUACAGGAGUUUAGCAGGAGGCUAAUCUGGCAGGGAGAAUGCCCUGCCCCGGAGCACUGAUAAUAGACAACAAAGGGACAUUUGGCAAAUGGGGAGCUGGGCAACUGUUGGAAAGAUGAAGAGCUCUGGCACCUGAGAUAAUAACAUAAUGAGGUAUUCUAGCCUCAUGGUAGAAUCAUGGAAUUUAGUGCCAGACAGGUGUAGGUUCCAGAUAUGCAUGACCUUGUGCAAAUUACUUAACACCUCCAGACUUCAAUUUCCUCAUCUAUUGAAUAAUAAUAAUAAUAAUAAUAAUACUGGUACUUCAUAGGAUUGUUUAAAGCAAUUGAGUGAAAUAAUAUGAGUAAACAUUUUAGCAUUAUCCCAGAUGUAGAAUUUCGGCUCUUUUAUUACUGUUGUUACUUUUAUUAUUACUAAGAUGAGCUGGGGAUACAACAUGGUGACAGGAGAUCCAGGAGCAAAAGCAUUUUUUAGAAAUUAAUGUUGACAGUGUAAUAUCAGGAAGUCCCAAGAGAGACUGGGGAAUGAGGCUGUGACCAAGCUAGGGACUCCUGCCCUGUAGUAGCAGCUCCUGCUAUUACAGUGGAGCAUAAGCUCCUGUAGAUACCCAGGUCCCAUCAAAGAUAAAAGUCCUUUUAUUUGUUCAUCACUGUGUAGCUUACAAAACCUGUUAAUAAUGGCUAACAUUUUCUGAGCACAUACUGUAUCCCAGGCACUGUUCUAUGCACUUUUCAUGGAAUACUUCAUUUGGUCUUCACAAAAGCCAUGUGAAAUAUAUAAUAUUUGACAUUUUUAUAUGGAAAAAAAUUGAGGUUUAGAAAAGUGGAAGAAUUGGUCUGUAGUCAAUUAUCUUGUAAUUGUUUAAAGCAGGUUACGAAUGAAGUAUCUGGGUUUGUAUCCUAAAUGCUUUCUUAGCUGCUAUUUGAUCCUCACAGUAACUCUGAAAGUAGAAAAUGUACUGUCUUACUCUGUUUUGUGUUGCUAUAGCAGAAUACCCAAGACUGGGUAAUUUACAAAAAAACAAAAAGGAAGUUAAGUUAACUGAUGAUUCUGCAGGCUGGGAGACUCAACACUGAGCAGCCACAUCUGGCAGCUUCUGGAAAAUCAGGCCUACUACAGGCAUAUGCCCAGAUCCCAGAGACAUGGUGCUUGUGAUAUGCAGACAUCAUGACUGCAAGAUCCUAAGCCCAUCUUCACCUGCAAAAGCAACGUUUCCUUCACAAGUUUGAUGCCCAGUGUUCAGGCUGUACUCCCGUUGAAACCAGCUGCCCCAAAGAUGCAUGACAUCAGCCCAAAAACCACCUGAAUAUUCAUCAAAAGAAAAGGUCUGCUGAGGACCUUGUGCUACAUCAAAACAUGGCAGAGAAAUGGGAGGGGAACCAGAUGCAUACAAAAAAGGCCAAACACAAUGGGCAAUCUUGCUUUAUAACAAUCUGCCCUGCGGUAACUAAUUCAUUCCUAUAAGAAGUAACUCAAUGUAGCAAGAAAGACAUUAAUUCAUCUUAAUGAUGUAAUCAGCCCUUAAAGGGACCAUCCCCCAACACCACCAUAUUCAGGACCAAGCUUCAGCAUGAGUUUUUAUGGGGACAUACUAUAUAUAUUAAAACCAUAGCAUGUACCAAUAUAUCGGUUUCACAGUUGAACAUAGGUACGGCUCAGAGAAGCUUAGUGAUUGGCACAAGGUCUCUCAGUAAGAAAGUGGCACCAUUAGGGAUUAGAGCUCAUGCCCUCUGAUUCCCUUUGGGGGUUCUCUGUAAAUACAUCAUAUUUUUUUGUGCAGGGCUGUGCUGAAUGAAGUCAGGCCAGUCAUCAGCAAGUCUCUAGGUCUUAGUUCAAAAAAGUCAGUCAGGGCUCAAGGCCCCUCAGUUUAUCAAUAUCCUCCUCUUGAAAGCAGAAGCCUGGUAGCUGCUGGACCUGAAGGAAAGCAGGGAUGGUAAGUGGAGGGGUAGGUUCAACUUGAUGCUGUUGAGCUCAGCUUUCCAGGUAGCCCUCUAGCUAUUACCUGCAUUCCUUGCCCUUGUGCAGGUAAACAGAGAGGAGGUGAAAUAGCCCCAGCUCUGUGUGGCAGAAGGCAAAAUGAAGGGUUUGGGGCUGCAAGACAAUAUUCUAGCUUUCCAAAACAAGGCCUUCCAGCCACAAUUCCAGUCUCAGAGGGGAAUGAGCAGCACAAAUGUAGUCAAAAGACUGUGAUUCUGAGAGAUGUCCCAGUUUAGACCUUUUCUUUUGAUAAAUAUGCAGGUGGCUUCUAGGCUGAUAUCAUGCAUCUCUGGGGAAGUUGGUUUCAAAGGGAGCACAACCAGGACUCUCUGCAUCAACUUUGUGAAUAAAACUUUCCCUUUUCUGGGGAAGAUAGGCUUAGGAUCCUGCAACCAUGAUAUCUGCAUAUCACAAGAACCAUUGUCUCUGAGAGUUGGGCAUAUGAUUAUGGUACUCCUAAUCUUCUAGCUCUGCCAGUCUGCACUAAUUUUUAGUUUUAUCUUAUCUUACCCUGAUUCUGUGCUUGGGAAUGUGCAGCUGGAGUGCCAAGCCAUUUUACAGCACUUGCUUCAGGAAUGUAGAGAACCUGGAGAAGUCUCUUCUUGCCAGGAUAACAGUUGACAUUUCUCUAAGUUGCCGACUAGUUUUCUCAGGGGUCUCAAAUUAGGAAAUGAAUGUUCCUAUCCAGAUGUGCAUGUGAUUCUGCUACACUAGCUCUUUCCACCUUCACUUAUCCAUAUUAAAUCUCACUCUAGGUGGAAGAAAUUAGAACUACAACAAACAGAUAUGUGUCAGGAAGCAGGUGGCAAGAGUUCAGCAUUGAGAGCUUCAACUUCUGCUUCUGAAUCAAUGACUUGAUUUUUGAAUGUCCAGCCCGAGUUUGCUGUAAUUGACGAAUUUGCAAGUGUCAGCGAUUAAGAGCUGGAGCUCUGUAGAGAGACUAUUGAUUCAUAUACUAUCUGAGUGACCUAAUGAUUAUAUGCUACAAUUGUAUACAACUUUGAUGACCCUGAGUAUAUUGUUUAAUUAGAUUUGGGGAGAAUUAAAUAAUCUGUAAACUGUAUAGCACAGUAGGCCUCAACCGAUGUGAGUUUUUUUCUCACCCUUCCCUCUCUUGCCAUCCCUGCCUACACACAACUUUUUGCUUCUAAUCCAGCACUAUAUUUUUUUCUGUCUCUAUUUUUCUGUUCUGUGAACAAGCGGUUUUUCUCUUGGGAUACUCUGGGCUGUGUUCCCCCCUGGAUAUAGCAGUUGAGGAGCCUCUCUUGGAGCAGGAGCGAUUGGACAGCAGCUCCAGCAUGCCCACUAUGGUACAUAGGUAAUUUCAGGUUUCCACUUUUUCCUUGAUGUCCCUGAGAGAUGCCCAUUUCUAUUUUCACAGAGUGCAAGAAGGCAUUGGAAGUAAUAGAAUCUUCUAAAGUUUGGGCCAUGAUGGUUUUCUUGGAAUGAUUUCCUAGCAGAAUACCUUCAGUCCCCUGGGCCUGUUAGCUAUUUCAGGGACAUUUUAAGUGGCUAUUAACAAAAUGUUGAAUUAUGGCUGCAAACUCCUGGGAGCUCAAAUGACAUUCACAUGAAUCACAGGUGAGCUCUGUGCAGUCAAGGCUGCCACAGUGGGCUGAGAUUAAACAAACAGGGGCCAUUGUUCUCCCCAGAGCAAUGAGGCAAGAACACCGUUUCUUAGAGCCUAUGAUUUCAGGCACUGUAGCCCUUAGAUGCAGGACACUGUUCCAGGACACAUAGCUCAUUGCUGCAGGGCAGACAGAUGCUCUCUGGUUUGCAGAGAGCCAUAUUUCAGUUUAACGUCUGCAAGAGUUUACCCACGCUCAGCAUGUCCAGGAAUCUACCAUUCAAUCUCCAGGGUUAUGAGUUGCCCAGCACAUUGAGUCAACAAACAUUUACUGGAUGUUCCCUCUUUCUAGACAUUGUGCUAGGCCCAAGAGAAGUGGAAAAGCAUAAUACCCAGUCUAGGCAUUCAAGGAGCUCACAGUCUCGUGAGGAAGCUAGACAGUAAGCAGAUUACUUUACACGAAAUAACCAGUUUGCCCAAGGUCCAGAGGUAACACAGAGCAGGCUCUGAAAAUUUUUCCAAAAGGAUAUGAGAGCUAAAUUUUAUUUUCUUUUUCUUAAAAAAAAUAGGAAACAAUUUCAAGCAUAUAGAUAUUGCAAAACUAGUUUGAAGAAUUCCUGUUUAUCCCUCACCCAGAAGUUCAAUGGUGGUCCACUAAGGUCCUUCUUGGCUGCAUGAGUCCAUCCAGGACCCACUCCUCGUGCCCAGUUGUCAAGUUUCCCCUGACUCUGCCUUUACUCUCACACAGUUUCUGUCUUUACUCACAUACUGUUUGUUUCAUCUUGCUUUUCAUCCCCUUGAAUUUUUUUUGUAAUUCAAGGCCAGUCAUUUUGCACAAUGAUCUUCUAUUUUGGUUUGUUCAAUGUUUCCUCUUGAUGAGACCAGAUAUGAUUAUUUUUUUGGCUGGAAUUUCACAAAACUGAUGCAGAAUUCUCAUUGUAUCCUACCUGGAGGCAUGCAAUAUCUGUUUGUCCUAAUACUGACAGUGUUAACUUUUAUCAUUUGAUGAAGGUGUGUCUUCUGGGGAGAUACUUUGAGACUAUGUACAAUUCCAUUUAUUACUCCCUCACCCUCUGGUUUUAUCAUCCAUUGGUUUUUCUUGCUUGAAUUAUUACAAUGAUCCUUGCCAAAUGGUGGUUUUCAAAUUCUAUCAUCCUUUCUAUAUGUAUUAGUUGGCUUUCUGAAAUACAGAAGAGCUUUUUCUUUUUUCUCUUUAUUUAUUUAUUUACAUUGGUGUAGACUCAUAGAUGUCUACUUUAUUCAAUGGGUUUUAGUCUGCUAAUAUUAUUAUUUAUUUUGAAACUCGAAUUUUCCCACAUUUGGGAACCCCUUCGGCUCAGCUUUUGUGCUUUUGACAUUUCCUGUAUUUUUUUAAAGUUUCUUUUCUUAUGCAGCUAGACGUUCAGGAUGAUUUUCUUCUUUUCCUUCCUCAGUCCUGUAAUCAGCCAGUUCUCUAACAAACCUUGGUUCAUUUGAAUAGGAAAUGCUAUUUAGAACCAAGAUCCGCGUUGUAGGUAUGCUCAGUACUACUAGGGUUUAGCUGCUUCCAGACCUUCUCAGUGGACAGAGCUAGGUUAUUUACAUCUACAUUUACAACUACAUUUCCAACCGGGAAUUUUCACAGAUGCCACUCGGUCCAGUAUAACAUCACAGGGUUCAUUCUGGCUUUUCCUUUUGUCUGUGUUGGUCCCUGCUUUCUCUAUCAGUAGGAAACUUGUGUACUGUCAUCCUCUGGUUAUUUACUUACCCUCAGUUCUCUGGAAUGGUGCCCGUCUUCCUAUCCCACUGGGCUUCUGCUCUGCUUGGAAGCCCUCUUCUCCUCCUCUCCAGUGCCUUUCUUGUGUGUGUUCUGGCUGCUCCCAGCCUGCUUUUCAUUCAUAUUCAAAUCUCCCCAAUUUGUUCCCAAAACAUGUUUACAGCUUUCUAACUUUUAAAAUUCAGGACCCAUUGAAGAUACAAUCAAGAUUCAUG